AUGGCUCCUAGGCCGGAAUUCAGCACGGAUCAGAUCCGAAAUAAAGCACGAAGAGAGUUUCUACAGCUUCUGGAUGGGGUCCGCGGCAAGAAGAACUUGGUAUUCGAUCGCAGCCUCGUUGGACCAAUCGGAAACAUCGUCAAAGUAGCUACGCUGAAGGAGUAUGGUGUGGACAAGUUCUUCAUCCUCGAAAACAAAAACCUCGAUGCCAGUCAGCGGAACGUCAUCUUCGUAGCCCGCGGAGACUCAAGCCAGCAUGCAGAAAUAAUAGCCAAUGAAAUAACACGAGUCCGUCGAGAAAGCCAAAUCAACCAUGAGUUUCACAUCUUUUGGGUGCCUCGACGCACAUUGAUCUCGAAUCAGGUGCUUGAGCAAUCCGGCGUGCUGGGCGAAGUCAAUAUUUCCGAAUUACCGCUCUCAUUCUUUCCAUUAGAAAAGGAUGUGCUAUCCCUCGAGUUGUCCGAUUCGUUCCGCGAUCUUUACUUGUACAAAGACCCAACAGCCAACUUUUUGAUUGCAAAAGCUCUUAUGGAAAUACAACAGGCUCAUGGACUCUUUCCGCGCAUCAUUGGCAAGGGUGAUAACGCAAAGAGUGUCGCCGAUAUGCUGAUCCGCAUGCGCCAAGAACUGCUAGCAGGAGAAGGUUCGAGUGAUUCAGAUCCAUCGAGACUGACGCCUAGCCUUACAAACGAGAGCGUCAUCAUCAUCGAUCGAGAAGUCGACUUUGUAACGCCGUUACUCACGCAAUUAACAUAUGAAGGUCUUAUUGACGAGCUGUUUGGCAUCCAGAAUAACCAAACCGAGGUUGACACUGCCAUUGUUGGCGCCGCAACGCAAUUGGCGUCGACUACUUCACAGAGCAAGAAAAGAACGAUCGCCCUCGAUUCUACCGAUAAACUCUACGACCAGUUGCGAGACUCAAACUUUGCCAUAGUCGGAAACAUGCUCAACAAGGUUGUUCGACGACUGCAGCAAGUUCAAAGCGAUUACGGCGCGCAGAAUAAGUCAAAAUCAAUCGCCGAGCUGAAGGAUUUUGUCGACCAACUACCAGGAUACCAACAAGAACAGCAAAGUGCUAAGAUUCACAUCGCAUUAGCCGAAGAAAUCAUCAAGACGACCAGAACCGAUCAGUUUAAAGGAGUUCUCGAGGUCCAGCAGAACUUGGUAGCUGGCGCCGAUCCUUCAUCGCAACUAUCAGGCAUCGAAGACUUGAUAGCAAGAGAGGCCCCCCUACACGAGACGCUCCGGUUACUCUGCAUAUACUCUUCCGUAUCUGGCGGGAUCAAACCCAAAGACUUUGAUCAGUUCAAAAAGCUUAUACUGCAAGGCUAUGGAUACCAGCACUUAAUAACCUUGAAUAACUUGGAGAAGCUUCAAUUAUUCCUCUCUCGCUCGUCGCCACUAGCUGGUAUGAUUCCUAUGGUGGCGAACGCAGGGGCCACUGGCACAAAAACAAAUUACGCAUACCUGAGAAAGGUAUUACGACUAAUAGUGGACGAAGUAAAGGAAGAUGACCCCAAUGAUAUCGCUUAUGUCUACAGCGGAUAUGCUCCACUUUCUAUCCGCCUCGUUCAAUCCAUUCUGCAAAAGCAGUAUCUACUGUCAUUCACAAAGGGACCUAAUGCUGCCAACCAAGGUGUAAGCCAAGCGGCACAAGGAUGGCAUGGAUUCGACGACGCAGUUACGCAUGUACGGGGGCAAACGUUUUACGAACUGCAGAAAGGAGAAGAUAAAGCCGUAAAAGCUCGGGCAUUGCUCUCUGGCAAUAUCACCAAGCAAACUGUCUUCAUCGUCUUCGUCGGCGGUGUUACUUUUGCAGAAAUCGCUGCUCUUCGAUUUAUAGCCAAGCAGGACGGCCGAUACAAUAUUGUUAUAUGUACUACUUCAAUACUCAGCGGCAACAAAAUGAUGGACGCUGCCAUCGAAAAGGGUACAUUCGAGCAUGAAACACCCGAGCACGCCUCAUAA